CACUGCUCCGUGCACCAGCCAGGGCUGAGAACCCAUCCUCUGGCACUGCCACAUCUCCAUCUCCUCCAGGGCAUCUCUUCCUGCACUGCCCAUCCUCUGCAGGGUCCCUGUCACCUCCUGCAGGAGCUGGGCCACCUCUCAGCUGGGCUGGCUGCCUUCACUUCUGGACAGGCACGGCGAGGAUGUGGCUGGCUCUAGCUCUGCUGUCCGUGCUCCACGGGAUGGCAUCUGGGGAAUGCUUCUUGAAUUCCCAAUUUCCCAAGAACCCAGAGGCAAUGAUGAACAUUAGUGAAAUGGUCUCCUUCUGGGGGUACCCCAGCGAGGAGUAUGACGUGGUGACAGAAGAUGGCUACAUCCUCCAGCUGAACAGGAUUCCUCAUGGCAGAGGAAAUUCUGGGUGCCAAGGUGUGAGACCCGUGGCACUUCUGCAGCAUGGUCUCCUGGCAGAAGGCAGCACAUGGCUCACCAACUUGGCCAACAGCAGCCUGGGCUUCAUCCUGGCAGAUGCUGGCUACGAUGUCUGGAUAGGGAACAGCAGAGGGAACACCUGGUCCAGGAGACACCAGGUCCUGACCACCACACAGGAUGAGUUCUGGGCUUUCAGCUUCGAUGAGAUGGCUAAGUACGACCUGCCAGCCAUGAUCAGCUUUAUUGAGCAGAAAACAGGGCAGAAACAGCUCUAUUACAUUGGCCAUUCCCAAGGCACCACCAUAGGUUUUAUAGCCUUUUCCACUAUGCCUGAGCUGGCUCGGAAGAUCAAGGUGUUCUUUGCUCUUUCACCUGUGACCACGGUGAUAUUUUCUCAGAGCCCAUUUAGAAAACUCUCAGUCUUUUCUGACUCUGGGCUUAAGGAGCUGUUUGGCACCAGGGAGUUCCUCCCACACACUGCCCUGGGGGAGGUGGUCCUCUCCAGGUUCUGCAUCUGCUCCAAGGUCUGCAAGCACAUCCUGGCCACCAUUUUCGGGUUCAACUGGAAGAACACAAACAUGAGCCGAUUCGACGUGUACAUGGGACACACCCCGGCGGGCUCCUCGGUCCAGAACAUCAUCCACUGGCUGCAGGGAGUCCACGGUGGGGCACUGAGAGCUUUUGAUGGGGGGCACAUGUACAACAGCCUUCACUACAGACAGACCGGGGCUCCAUUCUACGACGUGCAGCACAUGGAGGUGCCCACGGCCAUCUGGAAUGCCGGCCGGGACUGCCUGGCCGACCCCCGGGACACCGCCCUCCUCCUGCCCCAGGUCAAGAACCUGGUGCACCACAAGCUCAUCCCCCACUGGAACCACAUGGAUUUCGUGCUGGGCCUCGAUGCCACCGAGGUCCUGUACAGGGAAAUCCUGGACAUCAUGAAGAAGCAUCCCUAAAGAUGCUGGUUCUGCUGGAUAUGAUUGGUUUUUGGUUUUUUUUUUUUUUCAGUGCUGUCCCUAGAGGAUUUUGAAAUUUCUCCCUGUUUGGACCACCUGAAUGUAGUUGAUUAAAAUGUUCUGCUUUUAA